AUGUUUUAUUUUCUUCCUUUCCUCUUUUCUUUUACAUGCUUUAGAGUUACUUUUUCUGCUUCAUUCUUUUCUUUUUUUUAUUCUUUCAUUCUCUGUUUUCCUUCGCUUUUCUUCAAAAUUUUUCUUCUCAAAAUAUCUUUAUUAUUCUUUUUUUAUUUGCUUUUCUUUUCUCUUUUACAUUUGUUUUUUCUUAACUUUUUCCCAUCUCUUUUUCCUUCCAUUCUUAUUCCCUUUUCCUUCCAACCUCUUUUCUUUCAAUUUCUUCAGCUUUCCUACCCUCAUUGUAUUCUUUAUUCUUCAUUUCUUUUUUAUCUUUUUGUUAUGCUAAUUUUUAUUUCUUCUUUCCCAAUCUUCCUUUCGUUUCAUGUUUUAUUUUGUUUUUCUUCCUUUCUCUUUCAGUUUAUUUCCAUGUUCAUACUCUCUCUCUCUUUCUUUUCUCAUUUUCUUUCAUUUAUCUUCCAUUUUUUCUUAUAUUCUAUUACAUUUUCCCGUUUACCUUCUUUAUAUCACUUACUUUCUCUCUCAUCCUUCCACUCAUUUUUCUCACCUCCACUUCUCAUUUUCUUUCAGGGUAAUUUUUUUUAUCUCCUAUGA